AUGGGCGAGCAGGAGCCGGCCGCUGUUGAUGACUCAUCUGCGCUAGACGAGACAUCAGAUUCUACGGAGCCUGGCUACAAAGCUGCCGGCAUGCCGGCCCUGUUUCAGGAGGCCCGGCGCUCCCUGCGCGUUCUGGCGGCAAAACUCGUGGCCAUCGACCACAAGCCUCACGAGCAAAAGGAUCUGCUGGUGGGGAUAUCGUGCCUGGCGCUGGCAACGCCCGCAAUUCCAGCCUACUGUGCGGGAGACUUGCCCACUGUUUUUGUCACUCUCGGCAUGACAAUCACAUCGCUGAAUGCGGACUACCUUUAUCUUGGCACUGUUUGGAAUGUCAUUGAUCGUUGGUGCGCCCUCGGCUUUUCUUUUUACAUGUACUGGCUGGCCUUUCCACAUUUGCCGCUGCUCUCCUCCUUGAAUGCCAUUCCGCUGGUCGGCUUUCUCAGCUACUCCAGGAGCUCUGCGACGAAGGAGCAGUGGUCCUUCCGGCAUUCGCUUUGGCACUUCUUCCUGGCUGUGGACAUGCCCUUCUUCUUGGUGUUCGGGGCCUACUCGGAUCGCUUCUUCAAGCACAGUGAGGUCAUCAGCAAUAGCAGCGGUGGAAGGAAGCCGACAAUGCCCUGGAAAAGCCCGGCAAAGCUGCGGAAGCACCUCGAUGCAGAUCUGGAUCCAGGAGCUGACGAGGCAACAGAGGCGGGAGAGGCGUGCGAUGAGACGGAGAGCAGCGACUCGGAGCCCGACGUCAAGCCUCCGCCCACACCGAAGCAGGCUGCCAGUGCGGCGCUGCAGCGUCUCGUCGCUCAGAGAAACAACAACCACAAGGUUCUGCAGAGGCUAAAUGCCGAGAUUCUCGGCCACCAGCGGAACGUGCUCGUCCUCUUUUGUUUGGGGAACUGGGCGGCGAUGGCGGCCCCGGAAGAGAGCGAAGUCUUUCUUUCCAGUGAGCUCCACGCCGUGACCACACAGUCAGCAUCGAGGAAUCGCGCACGUUGGAUGGUUGCUCAUUUUGGCUGCUGCGUUGCCGGCGUCGUUGUCUGCUCUUUGGCCGUGCUCGGCUACUUGAGAAGCUCACUUCCACGAGCCGGACUUCUACGCGGAUCUGACCUGAUGCGAGGUUACGAGGACGACUGCUUCAAAGUCGGCAUGUACUAUGCGGGCCCUGCAAGGCUGCCAUCGCUGCAACGAACGGUGCAGCCGGAUGCACAGGCAUGCCAGGCCGAGUGCAUGAUGCAGAUGGGUUGCCAAUAUUUCACAUUCUGGCCGGAUGGCGGCUGCCUUCUCACUGGCUGGGGCGCAACGCUAAAGGCGACCCCCCUCCGCUUUGCUAAGACCGUCACGGGGCCAAAGGAAUGCCCCUUGGCGCGGCCGGUGGCUGCAGAUCAAGGCCUGACGUUGGAGGACUGGGACCCAAGCGUGGACGGCGCGGCACCUGCACCCCCGACGCUGCCGCACGAGCCGGAGUUCCAGAUCGUGGUCGCUGGACAGCUUCCUGGUGUCAACGGAACGCACUGCACGGCCUAUCCAGCCUGCGUGGCUGUGAAGAUGAGCGGUGACUGCUGUCCUAACGCAGAAGGGGUCGUGCUGGACUGCUGUGGUUCCACGGCAGCUUCACGCUACCUGAAGUAG